UGUAGUCAACAUCACACGCAAUUUACGUUGGGCACGUCAUACUUGUACGCUUGUGUAGUGGAAAAGUGUGUCAUUUUCUACGCUUCGUAUUCGCAACUGAUACCAGUGCAUUGAUCACGAAAAUAAAUAGUACAAGCGGCUAUAAGAGUUCGAUACGAUGACAACGUGGCAGCAGACACCUGGGACUGGAUACUAUCCAGGACAACAAGGACCAAAUACUGGAUAUCCACCUCAAAAUCCUGGAUAUCCUCCUAAUCCAGGAUACCCACCACCACAAGACGGCUAUAAUCCAGGAUAUCCACCUGCAUAUCCAGGAGGAAACCCACCAGCUGCCGGUUUUGUACCACCAAUGAAUCCACCGUACGGUCAAGUACCACCAAAUUCGGGGACACCGUUUACCCCACCACCCCAGCAGGCUGGUAUGUACGGUACAAGUUAUGCUGAAGACCCCAUGCAGGAUGAAAUCAAAGGAUUUGAUUUCAGCGAACAAUCCAUAAGACGUGGUUUCAUUAGAAAAGUAUAUGCAAUAUUAAUGGUCCAACUUCUCAUCACCGUUGGAUUUAUCGCUCUGUUCCUUUUCCAUCCUGGUACUAAACGCUGGUUCUACCAACACUCAUAUGUAUUCUAUAUAGCGUUAAUUGCAACAUUUGUCUUACUAAUUGCAAUGAGUUGCUGUUCAAACUUGAGACGCCAGGCUCCAAUGAACUACGUAUUCCUACUUUUGUUCACUAUUGCUGAGGGAGUAGUUUUGGGUGCUGCAUCAUCCACAUACCAAGCUGACGCGGUUUUGAUGGCAGCCGGUAUAACAGCAAUCGUGUGUUUUGCAUUAACAAUCUUUGCAUUCCAAACAAAAUGGGAUUUCACCUUACUCAACGGAGUUCUCUUCGUUGCCGUAAUAAUUCUAUUCGUAUUUGGUAUAGCUGCAAUCUUCAUCAAAAGCAAAAUCGUCACUCUAAUUUACGCCUCAUUAGGCGCGCUUAUAUUCUCUGUGUAUCUUGUUGUUGAUACGCAGAUGAUGAUGGGUGGCAAACACAAGUACUCGAUUUCCCCCGAGGAAUAUAUUUUCGCUGCUCUGAACCUGUAUCUUGACAUUGUUAACAUCUUUAUUUACAUUCUAACGAUCAUAGGCGCUUCUCGUGAUUAGUUUAAGAUAACACGAUUCAUAAUAUUUGCAAAUUCAGAUUUCAACUUAAAGAGAGCUAACAAUACUUUGAUAAUAAAUCGCGUUUUGAUAACUGCAGCAAUGUGUUAUGCACAUAACAAAUAUUGUGUAUUUUUAU